AUGUCCAUCAGCAAUCGAUAUUUGGGCGUUCAAGAGAAGCGCAUCGACAUACCAAUAGUCGACAAUGUAGCGUUCAGGAAUAACUUAAUCGCGCGCGUCGAAGCUGUUACGCUGAAGAUAAUAGAACAGAUAUCCUCCGGGCAACCACCGUGCAUAUCGUAUGUCGAUGGAGGGACCAUCACCGGGGAAUCCGGCUCGCGCGAAGAAGCCGUUCACCCGGGACGUUCGAUUGAUUCUCAACAGGAUACGGAAUAUCCCGGGGAGUCUUCGCUCGACGUCGCUAAAGAGCGAGACGCGCGGGAGAACGCCGAUGGAAAUUCGAGAAGAAUAAACGUCGAUUUCGCGACGAAACGCAGCAGGGACAAAUUCGUCCUGAUGACGACGAUAAUGGCAGAGGUGCAUCGUUUGUUACUGACGAACACGACCAAGACCAGACGAUCGUUCUACUACGACUUGAAGAGUCAAGCGAUCGAGAGCUUGGCGCCCAAACAACGAUACGUCGAUCGCGCGUUGAACGACGUCGCGAAUUUGUUGGAAUGCGCGCCGUGGGAUCUGAGAUUGCUGGCGACGGCUAAAGGAUUGGUGGCGGGCAACAUGAGCAUCACGCUAGUCGACAAUCGAGUCAUCGACUGUGCGAUACCGGGAGGCGCGCUGAUCCCGCAGAUCGUCUCGAACGUGACUUCCAUCCGCGCGAAAGCCAAGUUCGUUCUGGUGGUCGAGAAGGACGCCGCUUUUCAGAAGUUGCUCGAGGAAAAUUGCCCUCGCCUUUUGAACUGCGUUCUGGUGACGGGUAAGGGCUACCCGGACACAGCCACGAAGAUGUUGGUCAGGCUGCUGUCCGACAAGUUGGACUUACCGGUUUACAUAGUCGUGGACGCGGACCCUUUUGGCGUGGACAUCAUGUUAAACUAUCGCUUCGGCUCCACGGUUCUCUGCAAAGGGAACGAAAGCUUGGCGUGUCCAAAUGCGCGCUGGCUCGGGAUCUUUCCCUCGGAAUUGAGCGCUUUAGGAGUGAAAACAAUCCCGCUCACUAAGACCGAUGUCGCGAAAUUGAAGUCCAUCGAGGGCCGGACUUACGUGAACGAAGUUGUGUCGGAACAGCUGAAAGUAUUGCGGAAAGGCAAGGCGGAAAUAGAGGCGGUGUCCUCGUUCUCGAAAAACUUUCUCACGGCUACGUAUUUGCCUCACAAAAUAAACGGCCGGGAUUACGUGUAA